UCCUACAAAGUAGGCGUGCUCGCCAUCAACGGAUUCGCAGACGCAAAUGCGAAGUACAAACUCAUGUUCGAAGAGUACCUCAACAGGAAGCUCCGAGACGUCUUCCACCCUAAGAUCAACUUCACCAUGGUACCUCUGGACUUCACCACCCUCUACACGUGGGUAGAGACCAAGAUCGUCGACUUCAUCUACGUCAACCCGUCUGCCUACUCCUGCAUCGAGUCUCAGUACGGAGCCUCGUCCUUGGCCAGUCAACAAAGUAUACAGAAGCUUGGCAACGACACUUACGACUUCGCCCUGUUUGGAGGCGUCAUCUUCGUCCGAGCCGACAGGACGGACAUCAAAACCAUCGCAGACCUCAAGGACAAGUCAAUUGCGGCGGCUUCGAUAUCCGGGCUGGGGUCGGGGCAAGCGCAGUUCCGCGUCAUGGUCGACAACGGCCUGAACUACAUCCAAGACCCUGCCCAGCUGGUCUUCACGUCCAACCAAGGUACUGUGGUCAACAUGGUGUACCAAAAGAAGGUCGACGUCGGCUUCGUACGCACCAACCAGAUCGAGCAGAUGGAGAGCAAGUCCUCGACGAUCUUGUAUCCGGAAUGGAACGUGGCGGCACUUAGUCAUGUGCAUUGGCUGGUGCAGCGAGAGGUGCAACGAGCUUUGCUGGAGUUGGAUCAGUCGGACCCUGCCGCCAAGGCAGCAACGGUCAAGGGAUGGAUCCCAACGCUGUCGUACAUGGAGCUGAGG